CGUACUGUUAAUAGUUUUUCCCAGUGUGACAAUCAAAAUGUGCCAGCAGAGGCAAUGAUUUAAUUUAUGAGACUCUGCUGUAUACACUGAUUGAAACCAGCUUUUAGCAUUAAUCUGGAUAUAUUAAAAACUGAGUUUAGCUAGGAUCAAGUAACUACUGCAUAAUGUCCUCUGGAUAUGGAUCAGCUAUUUUUCCGAACUUAGUGAACUUGACAUUCUGAAUGCAUGGUGUAUUCCAAGUGUAUUGAGAUUUUCCCUGAACAGAUAUGUGAAGACUGUGCCACUUGCAGCAGAAAUGCUUGAUGUCAGAAAAGAUCAAAAGCUUGAGAUGGUGAAGGAACUGAGAAAGGAAAAAGCCAGAUUGCGACUUGAGGUAGAGAUGGGUGUAGCUCCACCACUUUCGGAUGAUGAAGUUUGGUUGGAGUUGCGUCACAAAGCGUGAGUUUUACUCAUUCCAUUUUUAUUUCUGUUGUAGAGUGAAAAUAACUGAAGACGUUUUGCAAUAUGAAAUGUGGUUGUGUUCCACCAGUCUUAGCAAAGGUCCCGAAUUCAUCAAUUGGCCUGAAGUUUGUCCCUCAAUUUGUCAUCAGUGAUCUAUCUCCAAAUAAUUUUUGAAUUGACUCCAGAGUGCACUCUUUUUCCGUUGACAAAAGCGACUCUUAUUAGCUGAGCUUUGCUAUUUGAGCAGGUUAGAGUUACAAGAUGAGUGGAAGUUAGAAAAUCGUACCGCAUUCGCAAACAUAUGGUCCGAUAUGGUAUUUGGGAUCUCAUUGUUCUUGCUUUUGUACUUCAAUCAGAAUAAAGUGAGUACCUAAGCCCCUAUCUCCGCAUAAAGCCUUGUAGCUUAAAGUUGAAUGUUUGGUGUGUAUAUUCCCUGUUCAUUUUGGUUUAUGUCCUUAUCUCCCUUUAACAUUUCAUCGUCUAUUAUGUAAUUUCUUAACUAGUUAUCUAUCAUCUAACAUUUAGUUGAACUCGACAACAUCCACAAUCAGAAUGUAAUGUUAUCAUUCAUUCAUUUCCUUCCAUCUCAACUUUUAACUUUGGUUGUAUUAUCUCAUGCAACUCCAUCCUGCUAAUCUCAGUCCUCUCUCAUUUCCCGUUGUAGAGGCAAACAGAAGUUUGUUCUGUUUAUCUAGAUACUUUGAAGUUGAAAUUUUUUUCGGUCCUUAUGAUCUCAUGUAAUGUAACUAUUAAACGAGGGCAUGUUUUUAGGCCUUAACUUUUUCUCCUUGGUGCAGGUAGCUUUGUUGAAGUUCACAGGAUACAAAAUACUUAAUAAUGUAACUGAUACAGGGAAGGCAUUUAUGAUUAUACUCAUCACAGAUAUUUUUUUAGGGUAAUAAUCUCCUACUCUCCAAUGAACACUUCUUAUUGGGAUUUCACUUAGAAUAUUUGAUUCAUCUUAAGCAGAAUCUUGUUGUUGAAAUUUACAAAACAGCAUCACUUGUUGACUGCGAAGACAAUUUUACAAAAUAGCUUAAAAAAUUUAUUCUCAACUCUAUUCCUUUUCACCAAAUGAUUCCAUGUUAUUUGAGCUUUUUCCUCUAUACUUACCUAUCAACUGCUAUUUUCACUUGCUCUUCAUGACGCCUCCUCGCGUUUACUUAAUCGUAAAACUAAAAUUUUUGCAUGAUCUCUAACCACACCGUAAUGAGUUCUUGUUUCUAUGAAAAAUAAACCCCCUCAGGUACCAUUCGGAAUCUGGCUGGGAGACGUUGUUGGAAGUAUUUGUUGAGCACUAUGGGCUUCAAGUUGAUCCGUCCACUAUCACCAUUUUUGUCUGCUUUGUUCCUGUUGUCAUUGAUGCUUGUGUGAAGCUUUGGGUAUGUUCUAAUCUAGACUAUUUUAUCUUUUUAUUCAAUUGUUGUGAUCACUUCAUUGCCUGAUGUUUGCAAUUGUUUAUUGUAGAAGUCAUAUGUAACAAUCUUCUGCACUUUACAGUCUUCAUAUCAGUUGCCAUUUGGUCCAUUUAUUAUUCUCCAUAUUUUAUGAACACAAUAAAUUAAUUAGCUAGCUUUUAGCAGCACAAAAUGGUUAUCGUUGUGAUUAUAAAUGCUUUCUUUUGUCCGAACUCCAGACUUUCGAAAGCAGAACAAUGACCUGCAUGGCCACAUGCAAAAAUGUGAAGAGAACCUGAAUCUUAACUAUACUAAGUUAGAUAAAGUUUUUUACAGUUUUGUGGAGGGCUGGGUGGUCUCUUGGGCCAAAAGCGAGUUCUAAGAGGGAGGGAGGGAGGGAGCGGGCUCCCUCUCCCCCUUUUCUGGCCAAAAGCGAGUUCUAACGAUGGAGGGAUGGGAUCGGGAGAAACUGCUUUUUAAUCAAUGAUGAAUUAAUGCUUAACUUUAGUAGUUAACUGUUCUUAAGGAAAUAAAGAGUUGUACAUUGGAAGUAAGUAUUGAUCCAGAGUUAUUUCCUAUAUUGGAAGAUAUUGUUGUGUUGCCUUCUGUUUUUUUUUUUUUUUUUUUGGUUCAAGAUUGUUUUUCAAUCCUUAGAAACAGAAAACUUCUUCUCUCACUGUUUGGGUAGCAGUGAUGAGGAUUCAUCAACAAAAAACUAAAUUUAGGGUUUCCUUUUUCCUACCAAAAGAAUGAGCUGAAAUUAGCCCUGCUUUUGUUGCUAUAAAAUAAAGCUACACAAUACUUUCAUCUAACAAGUAACAAGUCAUAUUCUACUUUCUAAUCAUCUUUCUUUUUCUAAUGGCUUCUGCAAGAACAUCUUUGAUGAUUACAAUCAUCUUUUUCACCCUUAUUUUUCAAUUUUUUCCACAAGCAACGGCUAGAGUGCCAACCCUAAGCUCUCCAUCCAAAUUAAUUGAAUAACUGUGCAAGAAAAGCAAUAACUUCAACCUGUGUGCCCAAGUUCUGCAAUCUUAUCCUGAAGCAUCAUCAACAACUGACAUAAAAUCCUUAGCUAAAGUUGUCUUGAAAAUGGCCAAGAAGCAAUCAACAAUCCUGGGCAACCUCUUUACUGAAUUAGGGAACAGCAAAGCUACCAACCCAUCAAUCAGACCAUCAUUAGAUCUAUGUGCCUCCCAGUACAAUGACGCAGCUAUUUUUUUCUCCCCUGCUGGGUUAGGAGAUGUGGUAAAAAGUUUGGAAAUUCAUUCUGCUUUAGAUGAUUCGGAAACUUGCCAAGCUGAAUUAGCUACCAAAAGUGUCCACAUUGAAUCAAUUGCACCUGAAAUUCGGAAGUGGAAGGAACUUUAUGCAGUUUCUAAUUCUACCAUACUAUAUGCUGAAGUUGUGUUCGGAGGCAAAGCUGCAGAUGAACAAGAAGAUUAUUAAUUCUUAUUUUGAAACUCUUGUUGUCUUCAAAGAGUUGACAGGAAUCUAAACACCUGAAUUGUUGAGGCGUGAAUCUCCACUAUAACCGUCUUCUUAGUUGUUAUCCUGGCAGUUGGCACAGAAAGUGUUGUAUAAGUAAAAAAAUUCAUUACAGUUGUUAUCUUCUACUAAAGAACGAGAUAUUUAUUGCCUAAUUUUUUUGAAAGUGGCUUCAACUUUGCCUGUUCUCAUCAUUGCCAAAACAAAACCUCUCUGAAUCUCUGCCUCCGACUAAUGCUGGUCUUUCUCUAGAUUGAAGGGUUUCUUGCACAACCUUCUUAAUUAGUCUAUAGAAUCUUUUAUGUUGUGCCAUGGAGGUUUAGGUUUUGAGCUUCUUCAAAGUCUGUUUCCUUCAGAAUGACCGAGUUCGCUUCUGCUAUGGAUGUUUGACAUUAUUUCACUUAUGAUUUUGAAGAACUUUUUAGAUUUAUUCAAAAUUGAAAUAUCAUAUUUAUGUUCUUGUGUUUCAUUUCCUAUUGAGUCAACAUUUUUCGGUAUGAACGAUGAUCGGCUUCUUGGCAGUUCUUCUGCAUCUGACCACAUGGUGCUGGGUGGAUAAUGGGGUCAAGGUGUCUUAAACAUAUGCAAUUAUUAGGAUCACAUCCAUUUGUGGUUGGUUUAUUAUGAUGGGACAAUUUGCAGCUAGAGUCAGUGAAGUAGUCAUGAAUAUUUGUUGUUGGUUUGAUCAUUCUGUACGUUUAAGUAAUUAUAUGGAAGUUGCUGCAUGAAAUGUAGUGUUCAUCUGAGGCUCGCUCACUAAGGCAAAGAAUUUAGAUAACCUAUUUGUAUUGGUGAACAGUUAUUUCUCAUAUUUAUGGAUAAUCAAGUACCUUGCUUACACUAGAAUGCCUGUGAUUUGGACGAAAUGAUCCUUGUGCAUUUUGAUCGCUAUAAUCUAAUAUUUCUUAGGUGUUGUUGAGGAAGAACAAUAUAGUUUUGGGGUGAUCCAGAAAAUGAAAGGAAGAUUUUGAACUAGAGUUAUGGUUUACUGAAAUAUUACGUUUGAGAUCAUAUACGUCAUUAGGUAUGUUCUUGGACAAAACAUGCAUCUAUAACACUUGCCACUAUGCAACUGAUGGUUGCUUCCUUGCUUGCAUUGGUUCCGGUCUCUUAGCGGUGGGUGUAUAUAGUUUCCUUUUUGGGUGCCUCAGGAUUCGGAGUUUCAAGGAUGAAGUUCUUAAAUAAACCAUUUGUCCAAAUUAGAUUCUCAGUAGGGUUGAGAAUAUGAGAGUUUUCCUUCUCAUGCUAUUGGUUUGUAUAUGAUUGACUGACAAGUGCACCAACCAUAGGAAUAGAUUAGUCCCAGCCAUCGGGUAAAGUGCUUACCCAUUUUUACUGCGGAAGUGGGAAACAGAAUGGUCGGUUUUUUCCACUUUCUUAUCAGGAACUAUCUGCAGUUUCGUCCUAGCAACGAGACUGAAGAAACAGGUGAAUGAGAAUUGAAUUGCAUUAGAUUGUCUGAUGAUAGAUGGUAGAAUGAACCAUUUGCUUUUGCAUGUGUUUGUUCCCAGCAGCACAUCCUCUUCUCUGCUUUGAACUCAUUACUAUAAGUUCUUCAUGAAUGUGUUUUUUGUUGCUCUAUUAAUGUCAGCUACACAACCAUUGUUUACAAAAUUCAAAUUGGUGCCUCCUCUCUUGCUGCAGAUGUUCAAGUUCCUGCCAAGAUUAUCACCAAAGGUGGCGAACAUAUUUCAAGAAAUGAAGCGUCACUAGAGAAAAUGCACCCUCUGCAGAGAAAUGAUGCUGAACUGGAAACAUGAUCUGUUCUUUUGCUCUUUUACCUCAUCAGGGUAGACAAGCUUGGUAAUAAACAAUCUACUGUACCACAAUUCUUUGCCUUCACCGCAGCUACCAAGGUACAUUGUUGGUUCAUAGCAUGUCCAGUUUUCUGCUAUAGUAUCUGCAGUACUGUAAAAUGGAUGAAACUGUUCUCAAGGGGGGAGUUCAAAUAGUACAUUACAAGGCCACUACAAUUGUCCCAAAUGGGAUGUACAGAAACGUCAUUAUGAUUUCUUCAUACCCUUUUGGCUGAUACUGCAGCUGCUUUUGUUUAGUGGGAGGUGUAUCAUUAUACAAGUGACCUUCAAAGUUCCUGUUGUUUUGGGGAUGUACGCGAAAUAGAAAGAAGUUAUGAAUAUGUGAAAACUGAUGAAGUACCAAAGCCAACGAGAGAGUGACCGAACGGUAGAGUAGUUUACUUCUGAUUUUGGGUAUGAAUCUUGACUAUAUUUUGAUUAAUGUUGUACUCCACGCAGAUCUAACUUCCUAUUCACUCAUGGAAUCCAAGCAUUGCUAUCUUUCGAGCAUUGUUUAGGUUCGCUUGCAAUGGGAGGAUAAAAUGGAGCACCUAACAGAACCAAAUUCUUCCUCCAUUUCCGUAACCAGAGAGCAUUGAAAUUUGAAAAGCUAUAGGGUUGGGUUGGUCCUCUCCUGUCUCCUUUGUGGGCAUCUCAAGCACAAACUUUCUGUGGUCCACAUUGCGCCAUCACAACUGUGGGAUCGAAUCUGUAGCCUGCUGUAUGUGUAUCUAGUUUUGAGUUCUAGUUUUUACCAGCUCAAAAACUGUUGAACUAAAGAUUUGUACAAAAGGGUAAGUACAGUUUGUUAAAAAUUCUGGGCAAAUAGCAAACAGGUAAAAUAUGAACUGUGGUCCUCCUUUGUACUUUUGCUGUUUUACCCUCAAAGAAUCCAAGAUUAGAAAAAGAUCAAACAUAACCAAUGCUAAUAUAUACCUUAUUCUGAAACACAUUAUGCAAAUCUCACAUCGACAAAAGCACACGAGAGAUUCAUAAUUCAUGAGUAAGAAAUCGACUUUAACUAGCAAGAUGCAUUUUGGGGUGAAAUGGAAAAAUUAUUGUAAGUACUCUCUAAAGUGCAACCUGCUUGUUGUGGAACAAUGUAAGGAUGGAUAGUCUCUGACGAAGGCACAUUGAUAUGCACCCCAAAGCAGACAAUAUUGUGGUCAGAAAAAUGCUCGAGAUGUUACAACUUACAAGUGAUACGAGAGCCUCUCCGCGUCCCUCUUGGUCGAUGGUGAGGCAACCCUCCUUGGCGGGGGAGGGGGGUGGGGUGGUAUGUAACACGUUAGACAAAUCUCGCAUCGACAAAGCACAUAAGAGAUUCAUGAUUCAUAAGUAAGAAACCGACAUUAACUAACAAAACGUGUUUUGGGGGUGAAAUGAUAGAGUUAUUCUAAGAACUACGAAAUUAAACGUGCUCGUUGUGGAACAGCGCAAGGAUAGAUAACCUCUCGGAUGUCACCUUGAUAUGCACCCCAAAGCGAAAAUCAUGUGGAGCUAGACCAAAGCGGACAAUAUCUUGGUAGGAAAAAGUUGUGUCGUGUUACAUUAUCCAUUAAUUACUUACUCUCUUUUCGAUUUUGAACUUUCCUCUACUUAUUCAUCAAAACAUUCAAUCCGUCAUUUUCAGGAAAAAAAAAUUAUAUCCUUUCAAAAUCAUGGUUGUCAUGUCGGGUGGUAGAAUCGGGUUUAACUAGUACCAGUUACAAAAUCAUAUGGAAUCAUGGAAUGUCCCUGGUGCGAGUGACAUGAUCGAUUUAUGACAUUUAAACAAAAUGAUACCAUUUUGGUGAAUUUAAUUGAUAACAAAUAAUUUUUUAUUUGUUUCUUGAAUUGAAAGUAAAAUGUUGAUGUUAUUUAUUUGAGUGAAGUAUAAAUUUUUGGAUGUUGG